GAAGAAUUGGUUUCCGCUCAAAUACUAAAGAUCCUUUGGGUCCACGAACUUCAUACUUGGAAUGCUAGUUGUUCAUGACUAGAAGAUGACCCCUAUUGAUUUUGAGAUCAAAAGGACAAAGGUCAAGGUUAUCUUCAGGUGGUUGAUGAACUUCUGAACAUUGAGAAAAAUCCGGGUAAGCCGCAAUAUAACAUGUCAUCUGACGCGCCUUUGUGCUUGUAUGACGCUGACUUUGGAGCAGAAUUUGAGUGGAUUUACGAAGCUGAAUGCCAUGAAGACAACCUCACCUCCCUCCAGCAACUUUGGGCUGAGCAUUCCAUCAAAGCAACAAUGGUGGAGAGCAUGCUGAAUGACCUCGAGAAUGCUAAAGUGGAAACAGACUGUGACAUUGCGCGCUGGUGUGAUCUGAGUCCCCCUUUACUGAUGCAGUCUGAAUGGCUCGUAGAAGACAGGAAUCCUAAGGUGCUGAUGGAGAGACAGGGAGGCUUGACCCUUGACGAGAUGAUAGCAUCACACGAGUCGAGAAAACAGCGAUGGAGAGAAAAUGCUGAAAUUGAAGCGUAGGAUGAUAGCAGUGAAGAGGAGAUGACGUCACGGAAACGUCAACG